CUUCAGUUAAAUCAUGGCGUCUGUCGAAAGAGAAGCGAUUCAGAAACAAAUACAACAAGAUUGGGCCAAUAGAGAAUAUGUUGAGAUAAUUACUGCUAGUAUUAAAAAGAUAGCUGACUUCCUCAAUUCAUUUGAUAUGUCAUGCAGAUCCCGGUUAGCCAUUUUGAAUGAAAAGUUGACAUCACUGGAAAGAAGAAUAGAAUAUUUAGAAGCUCGGGUUACUAAAGGAGAAACUUUGACCUAACUGUUCAUAAAAUCUGUGCUUAGUUCCUGAAUAAAGUGUUGGAUCAUUCUUUCGUAGUGUUAUGUACUUUAUUACAGUUCUUUUGUAAAUGUUAUUCCAUCUCAUGGACUAUUUCUGUGUAUGAAGCUGUAUAUAGGCUGUAAAUCUUCAAUGCACUGAAUUAUACAUCUGUAAACUGUUAUGUAUUUUUAAUGAAGCUUGUAAAUUGAUUUAAUAAUUAAAACAUUUU